AUAAAAACAAUAAGAAUGGGCAAAUUAAAAACUGCAUUUGUUUUGCUGGCCAUUUUUAGUCACCAAGUCAAUGCCGACUGCGGAUGCAACAAGUUAGACAGAGAUGCUAGCGUUGCGGAACGAGUUGAUGAGCUGCCGGCGCAACAGGUGUGCCAGCAACAGGCGCGAAAUAAAAACAAACAUUAUCGAGACUAUUACCCCGAAGAGACAGAGGAGGAAAUCGAGGGAAUGUCCCUCAUACCAGGUGGAAGUCAGUAUAUUGGCACAGAUGAGCCUCAUUUUAUGGCUGAUCACGAAUCGCCAGAGCGUCUGGUAAAGUUAAAUGAUUUCUAUUUGGACAAAUACGAAGUAUCGAAUGCGAAUUUCGCUAAAUUCGUGGAAGCUACAAACUAUACGACCGAAGCGGAACGGUUUGGCGAUAGCUUCAUAUUCAAGACACUGCUCAAGCCAGAGCAGCAGGAAAAGUUGAAGGAUUACCGUGUUGCCAACGCGGUCUGGUGGUACAAAGUCAGCGGCGUUAGCUGGCGUCGUCCCAAUGGCAUAGACAGCAAUCUAGAAGGCCUGGAGCAUCACCCAGUUGUGCACGUUAGCUGGCGCGACGCCGUUGCCUAUUGUGAAUGGGCGGGCAAAAGAUUGCCUAGCGAAGCAGAGUGGGAGGUUGCUUGCCGUGGCGGCAAGCAGCGGAAGCUCUUUCCCUGGGGCAACAAACUUAUGCCUAAGGACAAGCACUGGCUGAACAUAUGGCAAGGUGACUUUCCCGAUGGCAACACCGAGGAGGAUGGCUAUCCAUUCACUUGCCCCGUUGAUCAAUUCCGUCAAAACAACUACGAUCUGUAUAACAUUGUCGGCAACGUCUGGGAAUGGACCGCGGAUCUGUGGCAGGCCGGCGACACCAGCCCAAGUCCCAAUCGUGUGAAGAAGGGCGGCUCCUACCUGUGCCACAAGUCCUAUUGUUAUCGCUAUCGCUGCGCUGCACGCUCCCAAAACACUGAAGACAGUUCGGCCGGCAAUUUGGGAUUUCGCUGCGCCAAGGAUGUGUAGAAAAGGAAUUUCUGAAUUUGAUCCCACAUCUGUAUAACUAUG